AUGGCUUGGAGGCAGCGGUGGUCACACAAGGGGGGCAUCGUCACGAAGGUCACCACUCGCGAUGAGUAUCUCGACGCGACGUGCGGUGACAGGGGAUAUGAAUGGAGAUGGGGUGGUUUGAUGGAGCCGUACCUUGGGAUGAUCUCUCUAUCACCUGACAGGAAGUCACCUGCUCAACAAGACGCAAGUCACGUUGUCUGCGAAACCCGAAUCUCGAAAUUGACUCGCGAAAAUGGAAAAGUUUGA